AUGCAUCUAGGAGAUUAUGAGACUGCAUUAUCUAUCAGCUUGUCCAUAAAUGUGGACACUAAUACACGUACAGGCUGUAUGAUAGAAAUUCUGCGGGCUCUUCUGCGUGGAGAUACGUACGGAUUGGUCGGAAUAUGGCAAGAAGUUGUUAACGAAUAUCAACGUGCCGAGGCGCUUUGCAAGCAAAAUGGCUUACAUAAAAUGUACGCCAAUGCAGGCUCGUUUCGUCUUUCAAAAGCUUUCGUGGAAAUGUCGAAAAAGGUGCAUGAACGAGCACGAUCACAAGAACUCUUAGAAAACACAAAGAGUCUCGUACUCGAUUACCUCGAUCUAAUCGACGAUCCGCAGAUAUUACGAUGUUUAUAUGGGUCGUCGUGCUUAUUGCUUGAUGAUGCUGAACAAGCGAUUGAGAACUAUUCGCAAGCUCUACUUAAUCAAGAUGAUAAUAGAGUUAAUUAUCUUUCUCCAUGUCAGACGGUCUAUUAUGACAAAGAUUGGAUUAGUGCAAGUUCCACCAUCGGCCUUGGCAUAGCAUAUCACAAGGUCGGCCGAUAUGAUGAUGCAUUAGAAUUUUAUGAUAAAGCAUUGUCACUUACAAAAAAACGCGAGGGUAUCCAAGAUGACUUUAAUGCCAUCGUCGAGGCUAUUGAUUUGGAACUCGAUAAACUGAGUGGAAGAAUCGAUGCAAUUGCAGCGUACAAUAGUAAUAUUAUUAAAUACCACAACUCUUUUACCCGUGCCCUUGCACCAACACAACUCAUUGAACUCUCAAUGAACAUCCUUCCAGCCACGAGCGUCUCUAUUUAUCAUCAUAUGAAAGGAUUCACUCACUUGCUUAAACACAAAAACCAUCAGGAGGCGCAAAAAGAAUUCACCGAAGCGCAACAAAAUGAUGCGGCAAUAUUGGAAGGAUUUAUUGCAAGACAGUUAAUGAACAGAGAAACUGACGUUGGCGAGAUUAUUGAGAAACUGAUGCGCGAUGAAUGGAGUGGUGGUAAAUUUGACAAGAGGAUCGGAGUGAAAGAAAGGAAGAGAGUAGAAAUAGUAAAUGAGCUUAUUGGCAAUGAAUUUGUGUAA